GCGAUUGGGCUCUUAGAGAAAUGAUUAGAAGAUGGGUUAAUAAUUAUAGGGAAUAUAAUAAAGAACCUGAUAAAUCUUCUAAAACUCAAAAAUCUAGAAAACAUAAGAAAUCUAGAAAUUCCAUGGAAUUAGAAUCUACUUCAUACAAUAAUCAUACAAGUGAUGUUGAAGAAUCACAAAAUAAUUCUGGUGACUUUACUUCAAUAGAAACACUACAUUCUGAUCAUAAAAAUGACACUGAACAAGAUGAUCCCAAAUUGGAAUCUAACAAUAUGACUACAAAUGAACUUCAAGAUAUUACUCAGCAAAUUGAAGAACUUAUGAAUAAACAGAAAAAAAUGCUUAUUAAAGCAAGAAACAACAAACAUAAAGUUAAUGAAGUAUUUACUUUAAAUACUUCUAAAUCUAUAUUUACAAUCAGAACAAGACAUCCCAAAAGAAAAUUCUCAUUUGUCUAACAAAAUCAUUGAUAUUCAAGAUGAUGAUAAAAAUGACGAAAUUUCUUUAAAAAGAAAAAAUCCUGAAGAUUCUUCCAUCACUCCGACCAAUAAUUCUUCUGACAAUAAGCUUGUUGAUCCAACCAGUAAAUGUAAAGAAAAAGGAGUAAUUCUACACAAAUUGAGUCUACAAGUGCGAAUAAUGAUCUUAAAAAAUAAAGAACCCGCCAUUCCACUCGAAUUAAGACUACAAGUACAACAAGUGUUAAUUCUACCAACAAACAAAAAGUACAAAGGGGCCUUCCAAAGAAAAGGAAUUGAUUAUAUUUUAGUAAAUAUAAAAUAUGCUAAAUUACAUACUAUGUAUCCUAUAAUAAUUGUAGAUAUCAUAUUUUAUGUAUUACAU